AUGCUGUUUAAUCUCUGCCUUCUUUUCUCUUUUUUUUCCACAAUUCUCGCAGGUUCUUUAACAGAUUUGGAAAUAGGUGUCACCAAGAGAAUACCCGUAGAAAAAUGCUUAGUUAAGGCAAUGCCAGGUGAUAAAAUCGAAGUUCAUUAUACCGGUUCUUUAUUAGAAUCAGGAACUGUGUUUGAUUCAAGUUAUUCAAGAGGAUCUCCAAUCGCGUUUGAACUUGGCGUUGGGAGAGUCAUUAAAGGUUGGGAUCAAGGUGUUGCCGGAAUGUGCAUUGGCGAAAAAAGAAAGCUGCAAAUCCCAAGUUCUUUGGCUUACGGAGAAAGUGGCGUUCCAGGCGUCAUCCCUCCAGGUGCUGAUUUAGUGUUUGAUGUUGAAUUAGUGAAUGUGAAAUCCACCAUUAACUAA